AGGCAACCGCGAACGCGAGUGGAUCACUUCCUUUUUUUUUCAUAUUUUUUAAUUGUUCCCCAAGGAUAAAGGGACAUUCAUCCAGUGAAGUGCAACGUACAAGCAAAAUGUGGCUAUACUUUGUGAUCACUCUAAUCCUGGCAGGCUGCGAACUGUCCAACGGCUUCUGGUGGCCAAAGACAACAACGGAGACCAGGGAGCCAAGUGGUCCGGUGCUGCAGCACAUCCCGCUCACCUACUUCCGCACCUACACCUACCAGCCGCUGGGACCUGGGUUCUUUGGAUUCGGGGCAGCCCAGACGCCCCUGCUCCCGGGUGGCCAGUACGAUCCGUAUGCGGUGACCAGCUAUGCGGCUGCCCGGCGCCAUGACUCCGUCUCCAGGCCGGAGGUGACUCCUCCGGCGGGGCUGAGCAGUGCCUCCGUGGGCAGCAGCACCACCACCAGCACCACCACCACUCCCGCGCCCACAACCACUUCGACGACGACCACCACGACGACGACGACCACUCCGGCACCGACCACGACCAGCAGUACUACCACUACGACGACCACGCCCCCACCCCCUCCUCCGCCGCCCCAAUCCACCAGCAGCAGCUUCUCCGAGGGAUCCACCUCCAGUCUGAUGCGCUUCGGCGAGUAUCCCACGUACAAUCGCCGGCUGAGCAACCUCUACAACGGCAGGCCCCAGUAUCCGUAUCCGGACUACUUCAACUACCAGUCGCACCAGAAUCUGAUGUCGGAUCAGGGUGCCGGCGGCAGUCGCAUCCAAUUUGUGCCCUGCAUGUGUCCUGUGAGCGUGCCCAGUCUGGUCUCAUCCUCACCAGUGGCCACCGCACCACCUCAUCCGGCCACUCCAGCCACCACGGCCUUCAAGUCCCAGCCGGUGGCUCGUCACAUCGAGAGUCAGGAAUUGGAAGCGGAUGCUGAUGGCGAGACAGAGAACGAGGGGGAGGAGGAGGACGAGGAGGAGGAGGGGGAGCAGGAACAGGGACAGGGACAGGAGGAGGGUGCCACCAAGGCCCAGCCGGAAACGCAGGAGACGACCUCUGACAGUCCCGCCUAAAGCAAGCAGACUCUGUAGUAUUAAGCCACCCACUCGUUGACUGAUUCGUCACUCUCGGGGGUGUCCCAGAAAUUGUCGCCAGCCGCUGGUCAAGUCUCAGUGUCCCAGGAAGCUUAAAUUUUGCCUAAAGGAUUUAAGGCCAUUCAAAAAAUAGGUGUAUUCUAAAGUCUGAGCAAUUUUAAGGUAAAACUCUGGUACACUGAAAGACAUUUGACGCGCCAAUCGUCAGCGAUUUCUGGAACAUCCCUGCAUAUACAAGUCAACGCCUACCGACAGACCUACAUUUUUUUUCUCUUAU